AUGGCGGUGAACUACUGGUUGAUGAAGGCUGAGCCAGACUCCAGGAUUAUCAAAGGAAUGGACGUGAAGUUCAGCGUGGACGAUUUCGAGUGUCUUAAGACGACUGCCUGGGAGGGCGUGCGCAAUCAUGAAGCGAAGAAUUUGAUGAAGAGCAUGAAAGUCGGAGAUCAGGUGCUAUUUUAUCAUUCGAAUUGCAAGGAUCCCGGUAUCGCUGGUUUCGCGGAGGUCUGCAAAGAAGCCUACCCGGAUUACACUGCGUGGGAUACGAGUCAUCCAUAUUAUGACCCGAAAACGGAUAAGGACAACCCGAGGUGGUACAUGGUGGAUCUAGCAUUCAAAUCUCGCGCGAAACACUUUGUACCCUUGUCACUACUUCGACACAUUGCCGCCCUUCCGUCAAACACUCCGCCAUCCUCAAUUGAGUACUUGGGGGAGGAUGGCGUGCAAUCUAUCAAAACGAUGGCGCUUGUUACCCGAGGUCGCCUGAGUGUGCAGAAAGUCGAACAGAACACUUGGGAUGCGCUCCAGCUCCUGGCUGAAAGAGGGGGGUGGGAGGAUUUGGACUUGAAAGGCAAGGAGAAGGGCGGAAAAAGGGGGACGGCGAAGAACGCGAAGGCUGGUGCAGGAAGCAAAAAGGGAAAUGCCGCAAAUGAGUCCGGCGAGGAGGAGGUGAGCGAAGAACAAGGGGAGAAGUCCGCGGCGGGAAGGGGCAGGAAACGAAAGACGGCAGACGAAGAUGAGGCAACCCCGAGAAGGUCGACGCGUACGCGGGCAAAGAAAUAAUCUUGGUGAUAUGUCAGUGAGGGUGUAUGCUCCGGUCACAUGCUUUACGUCGUCCUUGUUUAUUUCUCUCAUCUAGUUGCUGAAGUAAUGCUGCAGUGAUUGGUUCCGUGUGGCAGUGACCAAGCUAAUUAACGAGACGC